AAGACAGAGUAACAGAUUCUCUCCACAUCAUCUGUGGGGCUGAGAACUCGUCUGAAAACUCAUCAGUGGCUCAAGUACUUUAUCUCCACACUGAACCACAUCUGGCUUUUUGGCUGUUUAGAUAUCGUCAAGAAAUUAAAAAGAUGAAAAGUUGAUCUGUGAAUUUAGCAGCUGAAAGAAGGAUAAAAAGAAGAUUCAGUCACUAUAAGGAAGUCACACUUUACUCAGAACGGGAAGUGAACGCUGUAUCUCUCCUAAAGAAGUCAGAAACGUUGACAGUCGAGGGCGAGAGAACGAGAGAGAGAGACGGAGAGGAACGAUGGCUGAAUUCAGACGGAUUCAAAUAACUUUAUUUGUGAUUCUGAUGCUCCAGUUUACAGCAGUAGCUGGACUAAACCCCCUCUCCUUCACUGUCAGAGCUGGAGAUGAAGUCACUCUGCCUUGUGAAAAUGUGAUAAUUCAGGACAACUGUGACCAAACUACUUGGCUUUCUAGUCGUAAAGGGGAAACAACAGUAGCGCUGAUAGAGCAUGGACAGAUUAAAGAUGGGAUUCCCAAAGCUAAAUCAGACAGACUGAGUGUUACAGAGAAAUGUUCUCUGGUUAUAAAGAAUGUCACAGAGGAGGAUGUUGGUCGUUACACCUGCAGACAGUUCAACAGAUCAGGACAACAACAAGGUCCAGAUGCUGUGGUUCAUCUGUCUGUUGUCAACAUUGAAGAACAGAAGAACACUGAUGAUACAGUCACUUUGAACUGCGCUGUAUCGGGAUAUGCUGGGUGUGACCACUCAGUGAAGUGGCUGUAUGAGGGUAAUGAGAAUGACGUGAAGAUAACACCUCAUACCUGUUCAGCCAGUGUGUCAUUUCCUCCUCAUCUUCAUCAGAAGUUACUGAAGUGUAACGUGACAGAUAAGAAGAAUGGAAACACGCUGCAAUUCCGGUCCUCACAUGAGAAAACAGGUACAGUUGGUUUUAUUUGA